AUGAAACGGAAUCAUAAAGGUCAGAAUGGGAUUUGGAUAGGUAGAAUUGGGAUUAUGAUCUUUGGGGCUGCUGUUGCGGCGGUUGCCGAUGUUGAUGUUGCUGUUCAUGUUGGUAAUGUUGCUGUUGAUGUUGGUGAUGUUGCUGUUGAUGUUGCUGUUCAUGUUGGUGAUGUUGCUGUUGAUGUUGCUGUUCAUGUUGGUGAUGUUGCUGUUGAUGUUGCUGUUCAUGUUGGUGAUGUUGCUGUUGAUGUUGCUGUUCAUGUUGGUGAUGUUGCUGUUGAUGUUGCUGUUCAUGUUGGUGAUGUUGCUGUUGAUGUUGCUGUUCAUGUUGGUGAUGUUGCUGUUGAUGUUGCU